AUGAAGAUGUGUCUUCUUGCUAUUGCGGCCUACGUUGCUGUCGCGACCGCGGCGGCGUCUACGUGCACGCCCGAGAGCCUCGGCACAGCGUACGCGAGCGCGUUCGAAACCAUCGCGCCCAAGUUUCUCUCGUGCACCAAGGACCUUGGUCUCUCGGCGGGCGCCCUCAACGGAGGCACCGUGACCGGCGCGACAGAAGACAUGGUCGACAAGUUCAUCAAGAGCCCCAACUGCGUCGCGGUCUAUACCACACUCCAGGCUGCGUCCAAGGCCGUGAACCCGCCGUGCAUCAUUGGCACCAUGUGUGGCAAGCCCGUCACGACGGCCCAAUUCGCCGCGAUGAGCUUGGACCAAUACGCGCAGGCGUCGCUGAAGACGUCCAAGUGCACGAUCCCCGACGUGCCGUCGAGCGCCUCGGCCGCGAAGCUCGGGAUCGGCGCCGUGGCUGCCGGCACCAUUGCACUUGCCUAUCUCUAA